AUGGAGAAUCUAACAAAAUGGUUCAAAAAGCCUCCCUUUCCAACAUUUUCAAAGGGUGACUCAAAUGCACCCGAAAAGAAAGAGAGCGAGCCGGCAACUUCGCCCCUCACUUCACCUCCCUCAUCCUUUGUGGUUGAUAACCUAUCGCCGAAAAAUGAACAAGAUGCGGAAGAUCAGUUGAAGAUGGCAAUUCAUUUGUCAAGUCAAGGCGACAUCUUGAAACCUCCUGCAUGGGAUCAUAGCUUCCAAAGUGUCGAGUCAGGAAGCUUCAGCGCUUCUCAGCGCAUCGUAAAGAAUGGCAAAGAGAUGGACGAGCCCGUGCCCACGAAAAUCAAGCAGGUCACAUCGCCAAAGAAAUGGAAAUAUGACCUCAAUUAUCUGGUUACCGAUGCAGUGGAUGACCAAGAGGUUGAACGUAAUGUCGCUCAGAUGAAGGCCAAGCGUGCGCCCGGAGCACCGCAAGGUCCCACUGGAGCCAGACUGAAUGAAAGCGCGCUGGUUUCAGCACUUGGGUCAGACGAAGAUGGCUCCAAGGCCAGACGCACAUUAGGUGCGAUACGGAGAACUGAGGCGCUUGAUCACGACCGUACCUGGUUAUUUUUUGAUGCCACACAAACAUUACCACCAGCUCCUGAAUUUCCGCUGCAUUUGAUUCCACGGGGGGCUAUGAGGGUGGCGUUGAAAGAUCCUGCAGGCCGUGAUCGUCUGUUUGUGUCAGGCGAAUUUGUUUAUAUGGCUUUGGCCAAAAGACUCUUGCCGGAUGAGGUCAUACUGUGGAUGUUUCACUCCGUCCCCUUCGAGCGUCGAGAUGAGUUGAGCAACGCUUAUGGUCGGAUUCUCGAGAAAUUGGGCCACGGACGCUUAGAGCCGCUCAUUCGCCCAGCUGAUGUCAAUGAGGUUUUUGGAAGGUUGGGGGCUAACAAAGAUGCCCUGGAUCCGUCAAAAGAAGUGACUCCCAUGGACCAUUAUGACGCCCCUACAACUGUCGGGUCAAAAGACCAUGUAGCACUCAUUUCAGUGCUGAAAAUGUUUCGAAAAAUCACUCGAUUGCUUGCGGAUGACACCAAGGAGCAAAUUAUUCUGUUACUUUUACGCCUGACACUGGAUGUCUCCCUCACGACGGAUUCGGUAAUCUCUUCGGAACUUCAGUGGGCUAUUUGUGAUGUGUUGGAUCCGGCGAACUCGCGCAGUCAUGCUAACAAUUUGUCACAUCGAGUAUGCACCACGUUUUAUAAUACAGUCCAAGAUGUCUGUCUGCAGAGCCGAAUGUGCCAUCACAUGUUACCCACAUCCCUUGGGAUUGCGCUGCUGCGAGGCCGCCUGGCGAUUUCUUUUUUGCUCGAAAGUCCCGAGCCUCUGGUUGAGCCGCCUGGAACGUUACUUGAUCUUCAACGCAUUACCGACUUACUGACCCAUAAUGAGCGUUUCCAAGUGAAACGAUUUCAAGGGAAAUUUGACUACGAUUGGCGAGAGUUGAUUGCUCUCACUGCUCUUCUGAACAUUGCAAUCGAUUCUUCCGUGUUGGAUCUCAACUAUCGAGAAUCUCGUUCCGAACAAGAUUUCAACGCCGACCUCGACAAAUUAGCAAAUCAGAUAAAGAUAUUAUACUGCUCGAUUCAGGUUUCGGGGGCCUCCCACAUGACCCUGACGCUGGCAAAAGGGGACCUGGAGGCUUUACACUACCGGAUACUCUACUCGGUUCGGUCAAAGCCACCGCCGAAAAAGACGUUGUUUACCUCCUAUGCAAAGGAGGAUGGUGACAUCCGAAGCAUUUUCAGCAAGUACAAUACGAAAACGUCUGAUGGCGAUGGCUCGAAUGCUGGCAGAACGGGUAUUCCGAUCCGCUAG